AUGUGGCUCCUGGAGCGGCUGCGCGGCGUGGCGGAGAACGGCGGCUCCCGGGGCGCGGGGCCCGAGGAGUCCCCGCGGGGUUCCCGCUACAGCAACGUCCUCACCCCCGACAAGAUCCCCGACUUCUUCAUCCCGCCCAAGCUGAGCGCGGCGCCUGCUGAGGCCGAGGGCUCCGAGCCCCCUGCGCCGCCAGCCCUGGGUCCCUCCGCCUCAGAGCAGGACCUGGCGGGGCGCAAGCCCCCGCGCAGCCCCCGGCCGCCCAGCCGGCCCCGGCCGAAGGCGACCGGCCGGCACAUCAUCCAGAUCGAGAGCGCCGAGGACUGGACGGCUGAGGGGGGCUUCGGCACCAACGCGGACCCGCAGGCGCAGACGGCCAUGUCGCUGCCCUACGUGCCCAAGGCGCAGACCUCCUACGGCUUCGCCACGCUGGUGGAGAGCCCCCACACGCGGCGCAAAGAAUCGCUCUUCCACAGUGAGCACAGCAGCCUCUGCCCCUCGCCGGCCACCUCCCCCAGCGCCCAGCGCAGGGCCAAGCUCAAUGGUGAGAGCGGGUCCCGGGCACCCGCCGACCUGGGGGCAGCCCUCAUGCACCCCGGCCGCUACUUCAGCGGCGGCGAGAGCGACACGUGCUCCUCGGCCGAGUCCUCGCCCUUUGGCUCCCCACUGCUCUCUCGCUCCGUCUCCCUGCUGAAGAUCUUCAGCCAGGAGAGCCAGUCCAAGGUCAUCAAGCUGAAGCACUCGGUGGCCCGCAACAGCUCGCUGUCCACCGACGACAGCUCGGCCGACACCAGCCCCAGCGCCCAGCGCCGUGCCAGGAGCGCCCCGGCAGGGGGGCAGCUGCCGGCAGCCCCAGACCUGCCGCAGGGCCGACACCGCGAGCACAGCCUGCGCCUCAGCCGGGGCGGCAGCCUGCGCCUGGCCGCCGACUACGACCCUUCCAACGCCCGGCUCCGCGUGCGGCUCGUCUCCGCCGAGGACCUCUACGAUGCCCUGGUCGACGUGCGCAGCAUCAACUGCUGCGUCUCGCUGUGCCUCAACCCCGGGAAGCUGCAGAAGCAGCGCAGCACCAUCGUCAAGAACAGCCGCAACCCCAGCUUCAACGAGGACUUCUUCUUCGACGGGCUGGGCCCUGGCCAUGUCAGGAAGCUGUCUCUGAAGCUGAAGGUGGUCAACAAGGGCAGCAGCCUGAAGCGGGACACGCUGCUGGGGGAGAAGGAGCUCCCGCUCACCACCCUCCUGGCCGGCCUGUAG